CGGAAGCAGGCGGCAGGCCGGGGUAGCGGCCGGGGCCGAGCGCCGCUCUGGGGCUGCGGGUACCGGCGGCGCUCUGCGGCGGGAUGAGCCCUGUGGAGUGAGAGGAGACCCUGCUCGUCGUCCUACCCACUGCUCUCCUCUCUCUGACCCUCUGCCUCGCCCGGCUCCGCUCUGGCUUCAGGCCCCUUCUCUCUGCGCUGCGGCGGGCGGAGGCGGCGGAAGGAGAAGCCCAUGGAGGGGAACCGGGACGAGGCCGAGAAGUGCAUCGGGAUCGCACGGGAGGCGUUGGAGGCCGGCAACCGUGACCGUGCCCUGCGUUUUCUCGGCAAGGCCCAGAAGCUCUACCCGACCGAGACGGCCCGAGUUUUGUUGGAAGCUAUUAUGAAGAAUGGAAGUGCUGCUGGGGGAGGCGCUUACUGUCGAAAGCCAGCCAGUAACAGCGAUCAAAGUAAGCCCAAUAACACUAAGGAGGGCAACACAUCUGCUGCAGGAGAAAGUGGAAAAGGCUACACCAAAGACCAAAUGGAUGGAGUAUUCAGUAUAAAGAAAUGUCAAAAUUAUUAUGAAGUCCUUGGGGUGUCAAAGGAUGCAGGUGACGAAGACCUAAAGAAGGCUUACAGAAAACUUGCUUUGAAAUUCCACCCGGACAAAAACCAUGCACCUGGAGCAACAGAGGCUUUUAAAAAAAUUGGAAAUGCCUAUGCUGUGCUGAGCAAUCCAGAAAAACGAAAGCAGUAUGACCUUACAGGCAACGAAGAGCAAACCUGCAAUCACCCUAGCAACGGUAGAUUCAACUUCCAUAGAGGCUGUGAGGCAGACAUCACUCCAGAGGAUCUAUUCAACAUGUUUUUUGGAGGGGCCUUCCCAACAGGUAGUGUACAUUCAUUUUCUAAUGGUCGUGCUGGCUACAGUCACCCUAAUCAGCACCGUCAGAGUGGACAUGAGAGGGAGGAGGAGAGGGGUGAUGGAGGUUUCUCUAUGUUCAUUCAGCUGAUGCCUAUUAUUGUGUUAAUCCUUGUCUCCUUGUUGAGCCAGUUGAUGGUCUCUAACCCUCCUUACGCCUUAUACCCAAGAUCAAGUACAGGGCAAGUCAUACAAAUGCAGACAGAAAACUUGCACGUCGUAUAUUAUGUCAAUAAGGACUUUAAAAAUGAAUACAAAGGAGCAUCAUUACAGAAAGUGGAGAAGAGUGUGGAAGAGGAUUAUGUGUCCAACAUUCGUAACAACUGCUGGAAAGAGAGGCAACAAAAAACAGACCUGCUUUAUGCAGCAAAAGUAUAUCGAGAUGACCGCCUCCGAAAGAAAGCAGACUCCAUGCCCAUGGACAACUGCAAAGAACUCGAACGGCUGACCAGCCUCUAUCGAGGAGGGUGAACUACCACUGCACACCUACAUCUUCACAUAACGCCGCUCUCUCUCUUGUAAAUUCAGAGGAGAUUUAGUUUCACCAUGAAUGCUGGAAAAGAGGGGUGGAUGUAAAACUCUACUGUGUAGCUGUUUCCAGAAACCUUAGGCUGAAAUAUCAUUUAAUGGCUUCUUUACCUACUGUGAAAUAAUAGGUAACUUUAAUUGUCUAGAUUUUUUUCCUUCCAAGCUUCCGUGAAUUCUUUCAGCAGAGAGAAUAGCUCAGAAUGGAUACUAUACCUGUAGAGACUUAGUCAUAGUGGUUCUCCUCUAACAUAUUUGCCAUGUAAAUAUCUGUGGAAAGAACACUUUGUGUAUAUAUGAGUUAAAUGACUUUCUAUUUAAGAAAAAAAAAAACAAAACAACUCAGAAAUUUUAGUUCCAUACAACAUUUUGUCUCACCGGUGGAAUAAAUAGUAUGAUUACAUCACUCCUCUUCAGAUGUCAAGUGUGUGGAGUCGAAACCAGAGUUUUUAACUAUUUUAAUCUCUAACUCUAUGUAAAAUCUUCUAGCUUUACCAGCUUAGAGGAACUUGUUAUUUUUAAAUAUAAUGGCAUAUAUUCCUGAAAUAUCUGUUGGGGUAUAUUGAGCCGGUGUAGAGUAGCAGUUAGCUGUUGUAGUUUUUUAGCAUUUCUGAGCAAUGCUGAGAAAACUUUUGAGAACCACACUAAUCUCUUCUCAUUUGCAAAGGCUGUACAGACCAUAAGAAGCAUUGCUUUUAGUCCUUGCAACAGUUUACAGCAGCUCUACCAGUAGUCGUAAAUCCAUACAUAUGGUUAAUAUGCAUCCAUAGCUUCCUUAAUUUUCACUGGAAAGGCAGAGGGAAACAUGCAAUAUUAAAAGACAUUAAGGUUAAAAAAUAAAGAGGGGGUGGGGGGUCCAACCUGUUGGUGUUUUUUUUUUUCUGGUAGGCUUCCAUUUUCUUACUACUUCUUUAUUUCAGCUAGGUCCCAACACUGAUCCCUCACUGGGCACCACAAAUGGAACAGGGAAAUAUUGCUAAGGACAAGCUAUGUGCCUUUCAACACUUUUGCCAACUCUUUAAAUGUUUUGCCUAGUUUGCAGUAUGCUCCUAUGAUCAGAGCCAUAUCAGUUGUCCCAGGGUGGAGGAGGAGGAGGAGGUAGAGUAUGCAUUUUUCUGGACCAGAAUGUUGUAGGAAUGGCUUCCUAAAAAUGAGCAAACACCCCCUUUGGCUCCUACACACAAGAUCAUGUAACUCAGCAGCCUGUACAUGGAAGCUCUAUGUAGCCACACCUGCUGAUGCAGAAAGGUGUUUUGAAGCAGCUAAGUACAGUGUACUUGAAGUACCUUAUCAAAAGUUGUGUUGAAAAUGUUUUUUAGGUUCAGUGGCUGAUGUUUUUACAUUUUAACAGCACUAUGCAGGAGAACAUUUCUUGUGCUUGAGGGCAUCCAGCAGCUCAUGCUAAGGGCAGUGUUUCUUGUUUGAGAAAACUGCUCUCGGAACAACCUAUCAGGUUUUGUGGGCCUAAAUUCUCCUCCUACACUGAAAGUCUGAAUACUUGACUGACUUCAUUGCAAUUCCUUCUGAUCUAGAGCAGGAUUUGACUUUAGAGAUACGCUAAAUGCAGUUGCUCUAAGUGGCCCAGAAAUCAUUUUGCAUCUCUGUCUUUUCUAAACUGUCCUGCUGGAAGCGUCCUCUAUCGAAUCGGUGUAACAGGAGACAGAGUAGCUGCGGGUUUUCAACUAAGCAGCUUAAACCAGCAUUCAAGGUGGAGACAUCAAAGCCUGAGGCACAGAGCAGAACUGCAAGCCGCUGAAACAACAACAGAAAAGGGUUUCUGUGCUGGAUGUUCUCACUAAGGUGGUAAGUGUGCAGAAGUAACAGACAGGCACAGAAAUGUUUGACGUUUGCAAUAGGAAUUCCCGGCGAAAAUGCGACUCCCUGGAUUUUGUAACUGUCCAGAAUGUAUUGUAAUUAUUCUAAUGAAAACAAACUAUCAAAGUA